CUAGUCGAUGCCAGAGCGAGUCGAUCCUCGUUUUCUGUCAUCAUCUGACCCGGAAGUCAGGUGAAGCGCUAAGGCUGCUCGUGAGCGUGACCCUGUUCCAGGGUCCAGUCCGGAGCGUUCAGUCAUGGUGUUCGAGUCUCUGGUCAGUGACCUGCUCAACAGGUUCAUCGGAGACUACGUGGAGAACCUGGACAAGUCUCAGCUGAAGAUCGGGAUUUGGGGAGGUAAUGUGGUGCUGGAGAACCUGAAGGUGAAGGAGAAUGCUCUGAGUGAGUUUGAUGUUCCAUUCAAAGUCAAGGCUGGACAGAUCGGGAAGCUAACGCUGAAGAUUCCAUGGAAGAACCUUUAUAACGACGCUGUGGUCGCCACGUUAGAUGGUCUUUACCUGCUGGUCGUACCUGGAGCCACUGGAUCUCAGCUGAAUUCACGUCCCUUUAACGCAAUGAAAUACGACGCAGUGAAGGAGGAGCGUGACCAGCAGGAGGCGAAGCAGAGAGAACUGCAGCGCAUCGAGGAGGCGCUACAGAGAGCGUGUCAGUCUGGAGAUCUGCUCUUUAAUCUGGAGACUGUGAUUUACAAGGACACACACAAUGGACAUAAAAAACAUAAAAAGCACAAAAAAGGUUUAAAGAAGCUGAAAGGACAUGACGGCAAAGCAGAAAAACCUAAGGAGGAGAAGAAGAAGGACACGUUUGCGGAGAAACUGGCCACUCAGGUGAUCAAGAACCUUCAGGUGAAGAUCAGCAGCAUCCACCUGCGCUAUGAGGACGACCUGUCGGACCCACAGCGCCCCCUAUCUAUGGGAGUAACACUGUCAGAGCUCAGUCUGCUGACCACUGAUGAAAACUGGAAACCUUGUAUCCUGAAUGAAGCCGCAAAGAUCAUCUAUAAGCUCGGUCGCCUGGAGUCACUCUGCGCUUACUGGAACGUCAACAGUCCGAUAUUUUACAAAGGAUCAUGGGAGAAUAUUGUGGAUCAGUUAAAGUGUGGCAUCAUCAGCUCAGAGCAGCAGAUUCCUCACUAUCACUACAUCUUCAGGCCGAUCUUUGCUUCAGCUAAAAUGUGCAUCAAUCCAAACGCUGAGCUGGAACUGAAAAGUCCAAAAGUCGACCUUCAUUUGGAAGUUCAGGACAUCAGCAUCGAGAUGACCAGAGCACAGUAUGUGACCAUGGUGGAACAGCUGGAGUCCGUUGACUGCAUGGUGAGGAACGCCCCUUACAGGAAGUUCCGCCCUGAUGUCCCUGUGAACAAGAACGCCAGACUCUGGUGGAGGUACAGCAUCUCCAGCAUCCUGGAGGUCCACGUGCGGCGCCACAGUCGCAUGUGGUCCUGGUGCAACAUCAGACAGCACAGAGAGAACCUGAAGGCCUACAAGAGCGUCUACAAGACCAGAUUACUGAGUCAGAGCAAGACCAGCCAGGACACGGAGCAACACAUCCAGGGUCUGGAGAAAGUUCUGGACGUGUUCAACAUCACGUUGGCCCGGCAGCAGGCGCAGAUGGAGGUGGUCCGGUCAGGACAGAAGGUGGUCGGAAAGAAAGCAGCAGGUGGACAGAAACAGGGAGGAGCAGGAGGAGGGUUCUUCAGCAGCUGGUUUGGGAGGAAGGCCAAGAAGGAGGAGCAGAAGCAGGAGGAGAGCAAGGAGACGCAGAGUUCAGGUUCAGGUCUGGAUGACCUCAUGACCCCUGAGGAGAAGGAGAAGCUCUACACCGCCAUUGGCUACAGCGGCAGCUCCCAUAACCUGGCUCUGCCUAAACAGUACGUGGCCGUGGUCGUCACCUUCCAGCUGUUACAGACGUCAGUGACGGUCAGAGAGAAGCCCGGCGUCCCAGAGAUCCUGAAGAUCCAGAUGAUUGAACUUGGCACCAAAAUCUCACAGAGACCUGGAGCUCAGGCCUUCAGGGUUGAGGUUGCGCUGGUUCACUGGUUGGUGACGGGCCUGCAGCAGCAGGGGGCGGUGCCCUCGCUCAUGGCAUCAGUGGGAGACGCGGCGUCAUCUCUGCUCAGCGUCGUGUUUGAGGUGAACCCGGAGGAAAGUGCUGCUGACCAGCUGCUCAGAGUCCACUCACAGCCUGUGGAGAUCAUUUAUGAUGCGCUGACUGUGAACACCGUGGUGGACUUCUUUAAGACGGGACAAGGUGUGGACCUGGAGGUCCUGACCUCUGCCACCCUGUCCAAACUGGAGGAGAUCAAAGAGAAGACAGCCACGGGUUUGUCCCACGUUAUUGAGACCAGAAAAGUCCUGGACCUGAGGAUCAACCUGAAGCCAUCCUAUAUGCUUCUGCCAAAGUCAGGUUUUUACAGCAGCACGAGUGAACUGAUGAUCAUCGACUUUGGCAGCCUGCAGGUGACGUUGAACAGUGUGGAGCAGAGCAGUCUCCCGUCUUCGUCCUUGUCCUCGUCCUCUCUGGAGCAGAUCAUGGAUCGAGCCUAUGAGAGAUACAAUGUGGAGCUGAGACGAGUCCAGGUCCUCUACAGCAAGUCGGGUGAGACAUGGAAGUCUGCUCGUCUUCAGGCUUCUUCAGUCCAACACAUUCUCCAACCCAUGGACUUUACUGUCCACCUGGCCAAGUGCAUGGUGGACAAGGACACAAGGAUGUCCAGGUUCAAAUUGUCUGGUGAGCUGCCACUGCUGCACAUCAAGAUUUCUGACCAGAAGAUUCAGAACGUCCUGGAGCUGGUCAACAGCAUCCCCCUGCCCAACAUGGACUCCUCCCCCUCCACCCCCACAGAGAAGGUGCCGUCAUUGGUAGAGGCCAGACCGCGAACACUUAGCCUCCCCCCCGCCCUCCUGGACGCCAUGGAAACAGACUCUGAUGAAGACACGAGUGAGAAGUCCAUGGAUGAAGAUCACCAGCGCUCGGCACAGGAGGAGCUCACUAUCCUUCACUUCAAAUUUGAAGUCAGAGAGGUUCUGUUGGAGCUGACGCAGCAGGUGGAGCAGGAGAAGACCUUCCUGUCCUUCAGCAUCUGUCAGCUGGGAGCUGAAGGGAAGAGGCGGAGCUUUGACCUGAGCGUGACCUCAUACCUGCGUGGAGUCACACUGGACUACUGUGGAGACGACAGAACUCAUCCGCUCCACCUCAUCAGCUCGUCACAGCAGCAGAGCUCCAACUUGCUGAAGGUGGAGUUUAUCAAGGCUGAGCCCACUGGACCGAGCUUUCACACACUCUUUGACAACACGGAACAAACACUGAAGGUGGAGUUUUCCUCUCUGGACUUCCUCCUUCACACCAAAGCUCUGCUGUCCACCAUCAGCUUCCUGAACCGUGUUCUGCCGCCGCAGCUCGCCGCCGCCCGAGACAGAGAUGUGAAAAAGCAGGUGGAGAGGGCGGGGCGGGGCCAGACAGGAUCUAAAGGCUUCAGAGACAGCGGCGUCUUCAGCUUCAGGCUGUUUGCCACGCUGGGUUGUUUCCACGUGGAAGUGUGUGACGACCGCCGCAGCAUCGCCGACAUCAGAGUCCAGGGAAUCCAUGCGUCUGUGCUGGUGCAGGCGAAGGAGACCGAGGUGUCUGCUCGGCUCAGAGACAUCGUGGUCACAGACGUGAACCCUGGCACCACCCACAGGAAGGCUGUGUCCAUUGUGGGCGAGGAAGUGUUUAGCUUCAAACUGUCCUUGUUUCCGGGGGCGACGGAGGGCGGCGGCUACAGUGACACGUCAAAGGUGGACGGGAAAGUGACACUGCGUCUGGGCUGCAUCCGCAUCGUCUACCUGCACAAGUUCCUCAUGUCGCUGAAGAUGUUUGUGGACAACUUCCAGACGGCCAAAGAGGCUCUGAGCGCCGCCACUGCUCAGGUGGCAGAGAAGGCGGCGUCCAGCGUCCGAGACUUUGCUCAGAAGAGUUUCCGUCUAUCCCUGGACAUCAAGCUGAAGGCUCCGCUCAUCAUAAUCCCACAGUCGUCCACCUCCCAGAAUGCACUGGUGAUGGACCUGGGUCUGAUCACGGUGGGGAACAGCUUCUCACUGCUGCCCUCUGAUGGUUUCUCUGUGCAGCCGGUGGUGGAGAAGAUGGACGUGAGGCUGACGCAGCUCAAACUCUCCAGAACCUGCCUGAAUCCGGACUCAGUGUCUCAGCCCGACAUUGAGAUCCUUCAGCCAAUCAGCUUUGAGCUGCUCAUCACCAGAAACCUGGCUGCUGCCUGGUUCACCAAGAUCCCUGGAGUCCAGGUCCAGGGAGUCCUGCGCUCACUCAAUAUGAGUCUGGGUGAGGAAGACCUUGGGGUGCUGAUGAAGAUCCUGGUGGAGAACAUCUCUGAGGGAAGUAAAGAGCACAACAUGGACUUGAAGAGACAGGUGUCCACAGAGAAUGCGGAGCUUAUUGAGCAGCAGGCGCAUGUCAUGUCACUGCAGGCGGGAUCAGCCGUGACUCUGUCCACCAACGAAGGCGUGACAGAAAACACGGUCAAUGUUCUGCUGAACUUUGAAAUCAAAGAGGUGGUGUUGACCCUGAAGAAGCCCAGAGUCCACAGUGACUCGUCCUUCCUUGUCCUCCAUGUGUCUCAGCUGGGCAUUGACACCAAAGUCAGGAAGUACGACAUGUGUGCAACUACUUACAUCAAGAAGAUCACCAUGACCUGCCUGGAGUUCAAAGACCGGAGUGGACAACCUCUGUGUCUCAUCAGCUCGUCUGUGGAGUCUGGAGCCGACCUGCUCAAAGUGCAGUAUUUCAAGGCCGACCGUGCUGGACCGAACUUCUCCAACAUUUACAAGAACACAGAGCAGAUGAUGAACGUGACCUUCACCUCUCUGGACGUCAUGCUCCACACAGAGGCGCUGCUCUCUGCCAUUAACUUCCUGUCAGCUGCCCUGGCCUCUGAUCAUGUGACCAUGGACAGAGGUGUCAGACCAAGGACAGAAGAGAGGACAACGUCCAACAAGUCCACUGCAAUCUUGUCACCUGUGGACACUGAGGUCAUCGACCUGAAGGUCAUGAUGACACUCGGAGCCUUUAACGUCCUGGUGUGUGACCAGAGCUCCAACAUGGCCGACAUCAAGAUCCAGGGUAUUCACGGAUCUUUGCUGAUGCAGGGACCACAGACGCACCUGUCCGCCUGUCUCCGCGAUGUCAUUGUCCUCAACGUGGAUCCAAAAACCGUCCACAAGAAAGCCAUCUCCAUCGUGGGAGACGAGGUGUUCAGCUUUACCAUGAGUUUGACCCCAAAGGCCACAGACGGCGCCGGAUAUACCGACACGUCUAAGACUGACGGCAGAGUGAAGCUGAACGUGGGCUGUGUGCAGGUGGUCUACCUGCACAGGUUCUUCAUGUCUCUGAUGAUGUUUGUGGACAACUUCCAGACGGCCAAAGAGGCUCUGAGCACCGCCACCGCUGAGGCGGCAGAGAAGGCGGCAUCCAGUGUCCGAGACUUUGCUCAGAAGAGUUUCCGUCUGUCCCUGGACAUCAAACUGAAGGCUCCGCUCAUCAUCAUCCCGCAGUCGUCCACCUCCCAGAAUGCACUGGUGAUGGACCUGGGUCUGAUCACGGUGGGGAACAGCUUCUCACUGCUGUCGGUGGACGGGUGUCCACUGCCUGCAGUCAUCGACAACAUGGACGUGCAGCUGACACAGCUCAAACUGUCCAGGACGAACACAGACACUGUGAGCUCAGAACUGCUGGAGCCCGUCAACCUUCACCUGAACAUCAGGAGGAACCUUUCUGCUGCCUGGUACAAGAAGAUGGCUGCUGUCGAGGUGGAUGGAGAUCUGAAGCCUAUGAAGGUGGCGCUGAGUCAGGAGGACCUGAAGGUUCUGCUCCGGAUCCUGAUGGAGAAUCUGGGCGAGGCCGACAGUCUGGUUCACAGCGCCCCCAAACAGGAGGAGGCCAGUGUGUGGGUCCGGGCUGUAGGGGGCGCUCCAACAGAUGACGAGGUGAGGACAAGCAGCAGUGAAGACGGAUCUCUGGAGUCGGUCAACUUCAGGUUCAAAGUGGACUCUCUGGCUCUGGUUCUGUUCAGCAGCACUGAGCCCACACAGCACCAGCAGAACCUCAGAUUGGGUGAGUUGACGCUGCAGCAGCUGACGACGUCGGGUAGAAUCCUGAGAGCAGGAGACGUGGAGGUCACCACGGUUCUGACCGACUGCACUCUGGAUGACCUGAGGACCGGCAUGGAGAGGGUGACCUCACGGAUGGUGGGUCGCAGACAGCUCAGCUCUGACUCGAUGAUCGACGUGACGUAUCGUCAGAGCAGAGGUCAGAGAGAGGUCGUGUCCGUCCUCCACAAACUCUACGUGUGUGCGAGCGUCGAGUUCCUCAUGGCCGUGGCAGACUUCUUCCUGCAGGCUCUGCCGCCCAGUUUAGCCCCGCCCACCGCCUCAGUGCCCGGCGACAGACUGCGACAGACCGCCGAAUCUCGGCCUGAUGCCAAGACCGCGUCCACGCUGAGGACACGCCUGCGGGCGGUGGUGGUGGACCCUGAGGUGGUGUUUGUGGCCAGUCUGAUGAAGGCCGACGCCCCCGCCCUGGUGGCAUUGUUUCAGUGUGAUGUCACUCUGCAGACUGAAGACAACGGGACGCAGAACAUGAGGGCUGACCUGAGGGAACUCAGAGUCCUUGCCUGUCCCUUCAUCCGAGACCAGGAGAGCAGAGCUGUCACCACGGUGUUGAAACCCUGCUCGGUCACCUUGGAAACCAGAACCCAUCCCAACCAACCACUGAGCGGCUCAGUGGCGGUGGAGGAAGUCAUCGUCAAGAUCUCUCCGUUCAUCCUCAACACGGUGAUGACCAUCACUGCCGCCAUGACACCAAAGCAGCCUGAGCAGCAGAGUCCAGACACCACCGGCGUCUCUGACCUGUGGCCAGUCAUGAACGUCUUUGAAUGUAACUACUGGUUCCUGGGAGUGGACCAGGCCACAGAGGUCACCGAGACCUUCAGAGAGCAGGACGGACGCAACCAGGGCCAGAACUUCACCGCUGAGGUCAAGGUGGUGCAGGUCACAUUGGAGUCUGGCCUGGGUCACCAGACCGUCCCACUGCUGCUGGCCGAGUCCUCAUUCACUGGAACUGCCAGAAACUGGUCGUCUCUGCUGCGACUGAGAGCCAACAUGACACUGGAGGUGAACUACUUUAAUGAGGUCUAUGCAGUGUGGGAACCGCUGAUCGAACGAGUGGACGGUGGAAGUCGAAGGUGGAACCUGGAGCUCGAGAUGAAGAACAACCCGCUCCAGGACAAGAGUCCAGUUCACGGAGACGAGUUUGUGAUUCUUCCUGAACCUCGGACGCUGAUCAACAUCUGCUCCAAAGACACCAUGAACAUCACCGUGUCUCAGUGCAGCCUCAGCGUCUUCCACAAUCUUGCCAAGGCGUUUUCUGAAGGAACAGCCUCCACCUUCAACUACUCUCUGAAAGAAAAAGCUCCAUUCACCAUCAGGAACUCUCUGGGGAUCCCACUCAUUGUGCAGCACAGUGCCAACCUCAGACUGGUGGGGCCGCCGUCGCAGGGUAAACUCCAUGAGCUGGCAGUGGAUCAGAGCGUGGACCUGGAACACUCGGCGCUGGAGAGCUCGUCACGGGGGAAACUGUCUGCGCUGCAGCGUCAGGAGAGCGGCCUGUUCACCCUCACCAUCGUUCCCUCUGGAUUCAGUGAGAUCUCAAACGUUGCCAUGGACACACCUGGGCGUGGCCUGUAUAACGUCCGUGGGCCGAUGCUGCAGGAGGUCGUGUCUGUGCUGCUGCAGGUCGACGCCGCCGAGGGAAACAAGGUCAUCACGGUCCGCUCUCCACUGCAGAUAAAGAAUCACUUCUCGGUGCCGUUCGUUGUCCUAAAGUUCUGUCCCACGUCCAGGAGUCUGCAGAGCGUGGGACAGGCCGAGCCCGAGCGAGAGUUUCAUGUCACCUUGGAGUCGUACAGGUGUCAGCUGUUUGUGUGUCCCGCGGGUCCACUGGAUGGUCAGUACGCUCCGUCUUCCACCUGCGUGUCCUGGAAGGAGCAGGUCCACCACAGUUCUGAAGUGCAUUCUGUCCUGCAGUGUCCUGCGAUGGACAGCAGCCUCCUGCCGCUGAUGGUCAGCACGCUGGCCGUCCCUGACACCCUGAGACACAUCGCCAACCACGGGGAAGAAGACUGGGACCCUGCCUACAUCAUCCACCUGCAACCGAUGGUCACACUGCGCAACCUGCUGCCGUACACCGUCCGCUACAUGAUGGAGAGCUCUGCAGACUCUUACGACCUUCAGGAAGGAAGUACGUCAGACCUGGUGAACGCUCGCGUCUCUGGUGAGGUUCUGUCGAUGGUUCUGAUGAGAUACCAGGGCCGGGACUGGCACGGACACCUGCGCAUCAAACAGGAAAUGCCCGAGUUCUUCUGCGUGUGUCUCACCUGUGACAUGGACACCAGCAUGACGGUGGACGUGAGCGUCCACGUGGCCAAGAGGCUGAGCCACCUGCUGGUGUCGCUCUUCAGUCCGUACUGGGUCAUCAACAAGACUUUGAGAGUGCUGCAGUACCGAGCCGAGGACAUCAGCGUCAAACAUCCAGCAGAUCACCGGGACAUCGUCCUCUUCUCCUUUAGGAAGAAGACGCUCUUCAGCAAGAACAAGAUCCAGUUGUGCGUGUCCACCAGCUCUUGGUCUGACAGUUUCUCUCUGGACACUGUGGGAAGUUACGGCUGUGUUCGCUGUCCUGCAAACAACGUGGACUUUCUGGUGGGCGUGAGUAUCCAGAUGAGCAGCUUUAACCUGACGAGGAUUGUCACCAUGAGUCCUUUCUACACACUCGUCAACAAGUCCUCGUUCGAGCUGGAGGUGGGAGAAGUCAGCAGCCACUCGGCCACCAGGUGGCACUACAUCCCGUCCACUGAGUGCACCCCCUUGUGGCCAGAGAACAGCUCGGGGAAGUUGUGCGUGCGUGUGGUCGGUUCUGACUCCUCCUCUAAGUUGUUCUCCUUCAACCGUCAGGACAGCGGCACCCUGCUGAGGCUCGACAUGUGUGGUGGGAUCAUCAUGGAGGUCAACAUCUCCGAUCACUCCACCAUCAUCAGUUUCACUGACUAUUAUGACGGAGCCGCUCCCGCCCUGCUGGUUAACCACUCCCCCUGGAUCACCAUCAGCUACAGACAGAGCGGCUCAGCUGUGGUUCAUGAGCUGAAACCAGGUCAGGCUCGGCGGUUUGUGUGGGACGACCCGACAGGUGUCCGGACCCUGACCUGGACCUGCAGGGAUCAGGGAGGAGAUCUGGACCUGCUGAAGGUCUGUAAACUGCUGCAGGGACAUGAAGACAGAACUGUCACUUUGUCUCCGAUAUCUACGUCACAUGAUCGCGUCUUUAUCUACGUCAC